AUGAUGCAAGCUCAUCUUGUUGCGCUGGCAGCGAUGGCUCUACCCGUCGGGGCCUUCUUCAUCGUGUCGCCGCCGCCAGUAACAACGACCGCCAGAGGAUCAGCAGCACCGGCAUGGCCCAUGGCACCGCCAACGAUGCGCGUCUCCGGCAUAGAGAGUACGCCAAACCCAAGCUCGUUCAAGUUUGACCUCGAUCAGACCCUCUACGGUCCCGGUUCGGGCGCCACGGCAACCAGAGGCAUCACCUACUCUCGCGCGGCGGCGCAGCAGCAGCAAGCAGGGGUGCCCGAGGCGCCCGAGGCUAUAUUAAGACUGCUCGAGAUCCAAGGCGUAGAAUCCGUGUACGCCUUGGCGGACUGGCUGUGCCUCAACAAGAAGCCCUCCGCCAAGUGGGAUGCGAUUGUUCCCGCGGCGGUGGAGGCCUUAGGCGGGGCAGCCUCGUCCCUAGAUCCCCUGACGCUACUCAUGGCGUCUGGGGGGGAGGGCGGGUCGGCAUGGAAAAGGUCGGAGAUGGACGGAAUCGCCAUUCGCCUGCAGGUGUCCAACGGCAUCCCGAUCCAGGUGGAGGCCUGCCCCCCGGGCGGGACCCCCCUCCGCCGCAAGCUGUCCUCCCGCUUCGUCGAAGCCAUGACGGAGUUCGUUGCCGGCUCCGGCGACGAGAUGGCCUUCUUCAAGGGCCGCGAGUGGCUGCCCCGCGGUGUCCGGUAUCCCGCGGAAGAGGGAGGGGAUGAUGAUGAAACUGGUCAGGGCGGGGGGGGGGUCGAGGCGACGAGUAAGGAGACGGCCGCCGAAUCCGCUGUGGAAGCGCUCGCCGCGGCAGUCGACGAGGUCGAGCUGGCCUACCACGAGUCCAGGCUGCGCGGGGCGGUGCACGACGCCCUCGACGCGCUCGUCGGCUUCACCGCAUCCGGGGAAGGCCCAGUCCCCGCCCGACGCGCGGCGGUGGCGUACAUCGGGGGUGCGGGGGACGCUGUGGGGUCUGCGGGCUUGGAGGCCGUGUCGGCGGUGUUUCGCGGGGACAAGAACGCCGGGGUUCGGCGCACCGCAGGGGACGCGCUGAGUGACCUGGGAGACCCUGCCGCGAUUCCAAUCGCCGUCGGCGGCCUCCGCGACAAGAGCAAGCUCGUCCGCUGGAGGGCCGCGCGGGUCGUCGGCGAGCUGGCCACCCGGGAGCAGGACGCGGUGUCUCUCGACGAGGCCCGCGAGGGGGAGGUCGAGUUCGAGGUGGCGUUCGAGAUGUCAGACGCCGCCCGCAAGAUCAGGGGGAGGGCGGCCGGCCCCGGGGAGGAGGAGGUGGCCACCGCCGCCGGGGUCGGCCCCGUGUGGAAACAGAUCCAGGAGAGGGAUAGCAACAAGUAG